AUGUCCCUAGAGGGCCCUCCCAAAGACGGCACUACCCCCAGGGGCCAUUCCAGGGUCGGUGGCGCCCCCAAGGACCAUUGCAGGGUCGGUGGCUCCCACAGGGGCCAUUCCAGGGGCGGUGGCGCCCCCAGGGGCUCUUCCGCGGGCUGUGGCGCCAAUAGGGACCCUCCCAGGAAAGGUGGCAACCCCAGGGGCGCUGCUAAUAGCGAUGACACCCCUUGGGGCCCUCACAAGGACGGCGGUGCCCCCAAGGACCCUCCCAAGUGCGGCAGCACCCCCUGGGGACCUUUUAGGGGCGGUGGCGCCCCUAGGGACUCUCCCAGGGGAAGUGGCACCCCCAGGGGCCCUGCCAGUGGAUGGAAUGAUACUAGAAAUGUGAUGGGCGGUAGGACCUUCCAGGGGCGAGGACGUCUCCAGGGAUCUUCCAUGGGCGGCAGCGCUUCAAGUAGCCCUCCAAGGGGUUGUGGAUCCCCCAGGGGCCCUUCAAAUGCGUCGGCGCCCCUAGGGGCAUUCCCAAAUGAGGAAGCGUCCCUACAGGCACUUACAGGGGCGAUGGAAUGA